AUGGACCCCUGCUUCAGAAAGACCACUAAGCCGAUGAAGCCGGUGGCUGGAGUGAAAAGGUCCAAACUUCUCCAGGCAUUGAAUGGGGAAAUAAGGAAAGAAUGUACUGUCUCCAAGACGAUUCAGGAGCCUGGACCUUCUUCUGCUGCUGCCAACACUUCUUCUGGACCUUCUGCUGCUGCCAACACUUCAAAGCCUCUGCCUGUCUCCAAGAUUUCUCCAGAGCCUGGAUCGUCAACUUCUAUCGUCAAGAAUAUUCAAGAGCCUGGACCUUCUUCUUCUGCUGCCAACACUUUGAAACCUAGGCCUCCAUCAUCGCCAUCGUCUUCUUCUUCUUCAUCCUCGUCUUUUGACUCCUUGUCUUCAUCAUCCUCGUCCUCGUCUUCUACGUCAUCCCCCCGAAAACAAAGAAAUAUGUCCCCCCUAUCAAUGCUACUUUCUCCCUUGAUUGUCUCCUUACUAUCCCCUAUCAAAUCUCCUGAAAAGCCAUCUCCUCCCAAAGAUAAGCCGUCUCCUCUCAAAAACAAGUCAUCUCCUAACAAAGAUAAGUCAUCUCCAAAACCUCAAACACCUAACCUAACUCUUCCUAAUUUAAAUCCAUCCUCAAACCAGAUUACCAACAUAGAUUCUCCUGAAAUAACCAUUCCAUUACCUCCACCCAAAUCCCUCCCUGCUGCACCUGCUGUUGUAAGAAAACUAUUUGCAAAACCCGAGUCCUCAAAAGAAUCCCUUCCCUCACAAAAAACCCCUUCUGAAAAAAUGCAAAAACUUAUGGCAAAAAGACGAGCAGCAUUUAAGAUCAAGUCUCAAUGUACUUAUGUUUUCCAAAAAGGGGUGAAAAAAGGUGAGCGCUGUGAAAAAUCCUGCUUUUCCGAUACCAAUGUGUGUAGCCUCCACACUAAGGGGAAAAGCAGGAUGGUACCCGCCCAACCUAAAAUUGUUAAUAAUAAUCCUGUCACAGAAAAUCCUCCAUCAUUUGAAAGAUCAAGACCAUCAAUUAUUGUACAAAAUCAGGCUCAGGAAAAAUCUUGCUUAUCUGAUCCGGCACCGAGCACCUCCCGUGUUGUUGUGAUAAACAAGAUCUUACCCAGCCAACCACGGACGUCAGGCUUUGCUCGACCCUGUCGUCCACCACAAAUUAUUGCCAAAAAAACCAGAAUUAAUAGGUUGCCCAAAAACAAAAAGUUAGAAAUUCUAAUGAUGACACCUAGUGGUGAAGUCAUUUUAAAAGAAGGAAAUGACAGGUUCCGCCUUAAAUUACCAAGAGGCAUGACCAUCCCGAAUACACCACACCGAUACUACUUAAUUCGUGAUCGGUCUUCGGGAUUGGUUACAGUAACAUUGUAA